CACACUUCUUAAACAAUUUUUAAAUGGUAUAUAUGCAUUGUAUUGAUCAUCGAGAACAUUUGCGCAAUUCUCAAUAUUUUUUUUUAAUUUAAUUCACCAUGCGUCUCUUGAACGCGCAUACCCUAAAGCUGGUUGAAUUUGCUGGUCGUGAUGUUCCUGAAUACGCCAUAUUAUCCCAUACUUGGGGGCAAGAAGAGGUGACCUUCGAGGAUUUAUCUACGGGCGCGGGAGGAAUAGAUAUCCGUAAUAAGCUUGGAUAUGCCAAAAUCGAAGGAUGUCGGAGACAGACGUUGGAAGGCCGAUACGAAUGGUUCUGGGUCGAUACAUGCUGCAUUAAUAAAUCUAGUAGCGCCGAGCUGUCGGAAGCACUCAAUUCGAUGUAUACUUGGUAUCAUAGGGCUGCUGUCUGUUAUGCGUAUAUUUCCGAUGUUGCUGGUUCCCCAGAAGACGAUGAGGUUCUUGGAUCGAGAGACUUAGCUUUUCGACAAAGCCGUUGGUUCACGAGAGGAUGGACGUUGCAAGAGCUUUUAGCUCCAAGGCUGAUAUUCUUUUACGAUGCUUCGUGGACCUUUAUUGAUGAUCGACUAGGCUUGUCCAAUAUUAUUAGCGACAUAACUGGUAUUGGCAUUGAUUGCAUUCGGGACCCUCACAUCCAUACACCGAGCGCAAGUACAGCUUUGAAGUUAUCUUGGGCGUCGCGAUGGGAAACACUACGGGAAGAAGAUAUGGCAUAUUGUUUAAUGGGUUUGCUGGGGGUGAACAUGCCGCUUUUGUAUGGCGAAGGCGGUGUUAGAGCUUUCCAAAGGCUCCAGAGUGAAAUUAUGAAGGAUCAUUACGACCACACCAUUUUAGCUUGGGGAUUGAAGACGAGAAGGACCCCUCUGCGAUACUGGUUCGGACACAUGCCACUGUUAGCUUCGUCGCCAGCAUUUUUUAGUGGUUGGGAUGCGCUCGUUGAGCCCAUACCACCCGAAAGUACGCACUACGUCGCGACAAAUCUGGGAUUGCUGAUCCAACUCCCAAUAACAUUCCUCGACACCCAAGAAGAAAUCGCGUUAGGACUCCUCGAAUGUUGCGGUAAAUCGGGUGGAAAGCGUGUCGCCUUGCCGCUGACCGUUAAAAGCCGACCCAAUGCUGCACCACUUGGAACAAGAUGCCGUGGCAUCUCCCCCUUCAUGGUUCCCCAAGAACUUACUGCGUGCUCGACGACAAGACUUACCACCCUUUACCUCCGCAAUGCUGAAAUUAACGAGACAUCCAACUCAAAUUUCCACGAUACCAUUGAUUGGCGUCGUCUCGACGAGAAAGGUUACAAGCUUGCCGAUUACUUCCCACCCAACAAAUUCCACCCGGCAUACCCCUACUGUGGAUUCUUUUCCAGUGGCGAUAACGUCGACCUCCUCCUACGAUUCCGACAUAAUUCCCUCGCCGAUUUGCUCCUCCUAUACUGCCGCGACGCGAUCGGUCUUCCUAAAGAUAGCUCGGUGCGAAUAUUUAGAGGCUACGCCGUCCUAGCUACCACCUCUUCCAAUCCUAGUCAUCCAGUUACGUCCUGGGAACUUCUCUUGCGACCAGACUUCCAUAACAUCGAUUUUGAGCAGCUCAAGACGUCUUUCCAAUGGAAUUCCACCAUUAGCGUUGCUCUAAACAAUACCGACAAGAUCCACGACUCUUCCAACCAUAUUCUUUCCCCUCCAUCAUCAAAGAACAAUCUCCAAUUCGUCUUAAAAAGAGUUCCCGGCGAAGAAGGCGCAAGCAUUCUGUUGGUAGACUCCGUUGUACCCUAAGCGAGCGAGUUACGAGUAAAACCGGAUUCCUGUACGACAUGAGGGGUUGGCAGGUGCGACGAUAUUCACCCUUUAUGCACAAUAGCAUCGUGAAUCUACCUUUGAUUGGUUAUUGAGUGUCUAUUUACACUUAAGCAUUAAGGACCAUUAGUGGCUGCGUUGUUAGUAAUUGACGAACAGCAAGAGCUCAGAACACAUAACGCUUUGCUUCAUCGCACCUCCCAUCACGGGUUAUGUUACACAGGUGUUGUAUCCUUGAAGACUUACCUAGG